UAAGAAAAAUACGAAAAAAUGGAAUCGUAAGUAAAUUUCUAAAAUACAUUGAUUGAAUACAAAUCAAAACUCUUUAUUGUGUUUGCAGAUGUGUGAAAAAAUGGAAACCAAGAACGAAGUGGUGCCGAAAAAAUGGUAUUAGAGUUGUGGGCAGACCGAGUGAAUAAUUUCAGAUGCGCGAAGAAGAACAGCCGCAUUUUCAUGGAGAUGGAAGGAGAAAUGAGUAAAGGCAAGGCGUUUUCAACUUUGGAGUUAAGGGAUGAAAUCCAUAACCUUACAAACCGCUAUAAACACGAAAAAAAGAAAAUGGGGUCUUCGGGCGGAGCUCCUUCCUCCUGGUCGGUCCUACUACUCGGAAGUACACUCAAUUCUAAGCGACAGCAAGGCUGUCAAUUUCGAGCACCUCAUUGUCGGACAAUGACGGUGAUGCGAAUGACGAUCCACUGCUUGGGUUGGAGGCAUCAGUGAGCUCCAGAACAUCGCUGCCAUCUCCAGUGCCAGCAACUCCGACUGAACCUAACCCAAAUAAAACAAUGAGCCAAGAAGCGAUUCUUAACUGCUCGGAGCGUUCGACUACAUGUCUAGAAAAAGGCUUGACCGUAAUUAAAGAAAUACAAGUCACAGUGAUGGACAUUACGAAGAAGGUUGACUGCAGAUGAAACCAGGAAUAUUAUUUUGGAGGAAAUGAAGGAAAACUCGAACAGCUUUUACACGCAGCUUUUAAAGAAAAUUUGAAGCUACAUAUUUAUUUCGUUUCUUCGUUCCUCGCAAACGAUUAACAAAUUGGAAUACUUAUGUACAUAAAAACGUUGCAAUAGUCUUUCUUAUGUUUUCAGCAUCAUUGUUAAAAUGGCCUCUGUAUGCUCCGGUUGUUGCUGAUUGCGACUUUUGCUUUUGGAGCCAUAUCUGAUCUAUUUUGUCGUUGUGGGAAUU